AUUUUGUCUCAAAAUGAAACACUCAAGAGAGGGUUGGCAAGAAAUAUAUUUUGAGAAGAACAGCACAACUGGGUCUUGAAAAUUUACAAUUUUUCAUGGAAUUCUGGGUGAAAGCUCCUAUCUUUAAUGGGUUCUUCAAGAUCUGCUGAAAGAUUCAAUCUUUAGCUCAAGUUGCAACAUUUGAGGUCAGAUGGACACUAAGUCUGUAAGCUGUCUCAUUAACACCAUUUCCCGAUUUCUCCAUCUGCUCUCAUCAUUUGAAAUGAAGAAUAUGCCUGCUCAAAAUGGUUAUAGGAAUAUAGCCAGCUCACUGAAGAUCUUGAAACUAAUUCUUGAUAAUGUUGUUGAAUCAAAAGUGAGUUCAGAUGAAAUUCUGUGUAAAGAGUGUGAGAUUCUGGAUGUAGCAGUAAACGAGGCUAGGGAGUUCAUUGAGAACUGGUCUCCUCAGAUGAGCAAGUUUUGCAGUGUCCUCGGGGGUGAGCCUUUGUUGCUUAAUAUCCAAGGCUCUUCAGUCCGUAUUUCUCAUAUCUUAUGUAGAUUGUUAGAGUCAUCUCCGUCCUCAUCAAGUUUAUCCGAGGUUCAGCAUUGUAAGCAGGAAUUCCAGUGUGCUGAACUGAAAAAAAUAUCAGAACCAAUUGAAGAUGCUUUAAAGAGACAACAACGGGGAUUGGCUCCUGAUUCUGAUAAUCUAUCAAUUAUCAUAGAGUCUCUUAGCUUGACUGCUGACCUGGAGCUGUUAAAAGAGAGUAUUGCAUUAGAAAAGGAGAGGAUGAAGGCUGUGACUAGAAAAAGCCAAGGGGAUAUAAAUCUUAUUAGUCAAUUGGUAAACCUUAUCUCUGAUAUCCGAAAUUGUUUGGUUAAGUAUGAGAUCUUUAAGUCUAUUAAUGGAAUUGCUGUCCCUCUAUAUUUCCGUUGUCCUUUGUCACUGCGACUCAUGUUAGAUCCAGUUAUUGUGGCCACCGGUCAAACCUACGAGAGGACCUCCAUUCAGACAUGGUUGGAUCAUGGGUUAACGAUAUGCCCUAUAACCCGACAAAUGCUCUCGCACACUAAUCUUAUUCCAAAUUAUACAGUUAAAGCUUUGAUAGCAAAUUGGUGUGAGGAAAACAAAAUAAAUCUCGCAGAGUGUACUAGAGUCGUCGCCAAGACCCCCAAAAUGGAAGCUCUGUAUUUGCAAGAUGCCAUUAGGGAUGAUCGCCAUCAUUCACGAGACAGUAGCAAUUCCUCAUCAAGAUCAUCUCUUGAAGUUAAUAGCUUCGAGAAGCCAAGGGUUAACGGUAAUCCUGGAUUUAGUGAGAAAAAUUCUAUUAGUAAUGAUUCAAAUAAGUUUGACCAUUCAUCCCCCGAACAGUCCUGCCAUCAUAGUAGAAGUGGAUCUGCUUCUAGCCAGAUUACUAGCGCUGGUUAUGUACCCACAAUAUCGUCUGAUGGAUCAAGGACUUCCAGUAAGAAUAAGGAUGAGCGUGAUUUGUCUGGAGAAAUGACAUCUGAAUGUCAAUCUUCGUCUUCUUCUAAAAGGAAUGUCAGCCCUGCUCCAUCGUUGACAGGGAAACAGUACCACAGCUCAAACGUUUUGGUCGAAAGGUCUGCUGGUGGAGAUCGUAACUACCCAAGAACGCUCUCUAUGCCAUUGGAUUCAGGAUCUAAUGAUCUGACUACAAAUUCUCAUGUGAAGAAACUGAUUGAUGACCUGAGAAAUCCUUCUAGCGAAGUGCAAACUACAGCUACAGCAGAAUUGCGUUAUCUUGCAAAACACAACCUGGAGAAUCGUAAUAUUAUCUGUAAUUGUGGAGCUAUUGAACCAUUAAUUUCAUUGUUGUACUCGGAUGUGAAGCAAACCCAAGAACAUGCUGUAACUGCGCUACUGAAUUUGUCAAUUAAUGGAAAUGUUAAGACCAUUAUUGCUGAAGCUGGAGUUAUUGAACCACUCAUCCAUGUUCUUGAAACAGGAAAUUCAGGAGCCAGGGAGAAUGCUGCAGCAACCGUGUUUAGCAUCUCAGUGAUAGAGGAGUACAGGAUAAAGAUUGGUCGUUCUGGGGCAGUUAAAGCACUGGUUGGUCUUUUAGAAUCUGGUACUUUAAGAGGGAAAAAAGAUGCUGCAACGGCAUUGUUUAAUUUAUCAAUAUAUCAUGAAAACAAGGCUCGUAUAGUUCAGGCUGGGGCUGUAAAGCAUCUUGUUAAGUUGAUUGACCCUGAAUCAGAAAUGGUCGACAAAGCUGUUGCCGUACUUGCCAAUUUAUCAACAGUUACAGAGGGGGGUUUGGCAAUUGCACGGGAGGGAGGCAUACCAUCAUUAGUUGAGAUUGUUGAAACAGGAUCACAGCGGGGUAAAGAAAAUGCUGCCACCAUAUUGCUGCAAUUGUGCAUUAGUAGUCCCAAAUAUUGUCGUCUGGUUCUACAAGAAGGAGCAGUCCCACCUCUGGUUUUGCUAUCCCAGUCUGGCACAACAAGAGCCAAGGAGAAGGCUCAACAGCUUCUGUGUCACUUCCGCAACCAGCGUGAAGGGGGUUCAGGAAGAGGAAAAACAUGAAACAGAUUCCUUUGGUACAUAUCGGCUGUUUUUUCAUUACUUUUUAUGCGAGUUACUGCCUUUAGCGUCAUUCCAUUAUUCUCUUUCAUUCUAAAUAUUCUUGUUCCUAGCUUUAAUGCAUCUGUAAUGUAGUGAGAUUUAGCGAGCUCGAUUCUUAAAGUUUGGAUUUCAUCAAGCCAUCAAAAGCGUAGUUGAUUUAUAUCAUGUACUUAAUUUAGGUCAUAGCUUGUGUUUCCAUAUUUUUUGAAACUAGUAUCUGUAGAUAUGUUCUGUCUAUUGUCUGCUGAAAUUCAUUUGGUUUCACGAUUUGAUGAGGUUCGAAUGGAACCGGUUGUAUUGCAAAACUUUCUUUAUCUAUGUUGGACGUUGAGUCCAAUCUAUCA